AUGGAUGGGUCGCUCGAACUGAAGAGCGCGUCCUCAACGGCGCACGCCAAGAUGCAAGAGGUGGAGGUCAAAAUUCCCUGCAAGCUUGGCUACGAACUUUUCGUGCCGCGCGGGUGCGUCCUUCGAAAUACAUUGUAUGUUAUCUCAAUAGCCGCGUUCUGUGGACCACAUACAAAAACAAGGAUGAAUGCAGCGCAAGCAGUGGGCAAGGUGUCGAACAUGCAGGUGUACCUGAACCGCGGCGUCCAGGGCCUGGUAGUGGCGCUCGCAUUGUGGUGCACCUACUGCACCAUCGCAGGGGAAGUGCAGGGCGAGACCGAAAAGCAUUGGUUCCUGCGCUUCCUCUUCUACUGGAUCAUCCUCUAUCAGAUCAUUCCUGUGAGCCUCUACGUUUGCUUCGAGAUUAUCAAGCUUUCUCUGGCGUUCCAGAUCAACAGGGAUCCCAGCAUGGUGGACCUGAGGACACACCAGCCGGCAACGGCUAGAACAGCGGACUUGGUCGAAGAAAUGGGUCAGGUGAAUUUCGUGUUUUCCGACAAGACUGGCACCCUCACAGAAAACGAGAUGGUUUUCGCACACUGUUGUGUUGGUGGAAAAGAUCUCGGAGACUUCCGCAAAGGUGGAAAACUAGAUAUACAGGAGGAGGCCGUUGGUGUCGCUGAAGCAAAGAGAGUUCUUGCAGAUCCUGCCGACCCACUGCACUCCCAGGCGCUCUGGUUUUUCCUGAACCUUGCGACCAACCACUCCGUGCAGGUUGAGACGGGGGCAAACGGGAAGAAGAUCUUUGAAGGGAGUUCCGCUGACGAGGUGGCUUUUGUGGAUGCCGCUAACGCGGUAGGCGUGACCUUCGCCUCUCGCACGCGGCUAGCUGGAACGAGCCAUACAGAACUCGUCGUGAAAGGACCGGGACCGCAAGAAUUCACCUUCACAAAUGUUUGCGAGAUUCCUUUUACUUCGGAUAGAAAGCGCAUGAGUGUGAUUGUAAAGCACGUCG